CCGUGGCAGCGGCCGGUUGCGGUUACCCGAGAGAACUUUCCACCGACAGCCGUCUGGGCCGUAGCGUGCCGUCGCGACGGGUCGGCAGCUAUGGCCAAGGAUUUCUUGGGGGAAGCAGGGCUGCACUUUGAUGAGCUGAACAAGCUUCGGGUGUUGGACCCAGAGGUUAUCCAGCAGACCAUAGAACUCAAGGAAGAGUGUAAGGAUUUUGUGGACAAAAUUGGCCAGUUUCAGAAAAUAGUUGGUGGUCUAAUUGAGCUUGUGGAUCAGCUCGCAAAAGAAGCAGAGAACGAGAAGAUGAAGGCCAUUGGUGCUCGGAACUUGCUGAAAUCCAUAGCAAAACAGAGAGAAGGCCAACAGCAGCAGCUGCAAGCCCUAAUAGCAGAGAAGAAAAUGCAGCUAGAAAGGUAUCGGGUUGAAUAUGAAGCUUUGUGUAAAGUAGAAGCAGAACAAAAUGAAUUUAUUGACCAAUUUAUUUUUCAGAAAUGAACUGAAAUUUUCAUUAUUUAUA